AUGACAGUCACUGCAUUCUCCAUAUCAGACUCUUCUCCUGAAUUCACGCUCCUCAAUGUCGCCCGACUAUUCACUCGAUUAGAACACAACCUCCUCAACCCGGGCUCCGAGCUCCACACCCUUCACAAAUCCGAACUUCAACGUUUACGGGUAUCCAAGAACGUCGAAUAUGCUCGUGCUCUACUUUCUCAGCUUGAGCGUUCUCUCCCCCAAAUCAAAUCGGUCGAUCAAAGGCAUGAAGCGCAGUCGGAAAUUGUGCGCGAUCGACAAUUGCUCAAACGAAUGCAGAUCGUCCUCGGCGAAGAAGAGUCCCGCACAAGGGAAGACGGCGACGAUGACACAUCAGGCGACCUUGACGAGGAAUGGAAGGAUUUAUUCAGCAAGCCUACAGCUGAACAAACCACAACCCCACCAUCGAGCGAUGCUCCAUCCAAGGAUGAUCUCUCGGUCGCGCAAAAAGCCGAGACUGAUCACGCAAAAGCGACGACCUCUACGAGUGCAGCACAGCUACAAGCGACAACAAAUACCAACACAUCGUCUGUAUCUGCAUCCGCAACCGCCUCCGCGUCCGAGUCCGCACCUGCCGAGCCCACGUCUACUUUGCGCAAUCGGAACGUAAGCCAGAAUCAGCCCAUCACUUCACUCCCCACAGCCACAUCCACCGGUAGCAAUGUCCAGCAGAACCAGACCUCAGUGUCAAAUUCAAAUCUUUCGUCCAAGGAGGAUGCUCUGAGCGCAGCUCGUCUUGAACAAGAGGACCUCACGGGGUCUCUCCUCUCCCUGGCCAGUCAGUUGAAAGCGUCUUCGCAGUCCUUCCAAGCAACCCUGGAGAAUGAGAAGUCUGUGCUGGACCGCGCGGUGUCGGGGAUCGACAAGACCAGUAGUACGAUGGAAGCGGCGGGGCAGAAGAUGGGGAUGCUCAGACGGAUGACGGAGGGGAAGGGCUGGUGGGGACGGAUGAUGCUAUAUGCAUGGAUCUUUGGCCUGUGGGUGGUUGCGAUCUUGAUUGUCUAUGUUGGGCCCAAGUUGAGGUUUUGA